AAAGGUGAAGCGGGGCCGUUGAGGGCGACUUUCUCGGUCGCCUGAGCGGGAGCCGGUUGCAGUGAGUGUCGUUGUCAUGUCUGGUCGUGGCAAACAGGGAGGCAAGGCCCGCGCAAAGGCCAAGUCCCGCUCGUCCCGCGCAGGUCUGCAGUUUCCCGUAGGGCGGGUGCACCGCUUGCUGCGCAAAGGCAACUAUGCCGAGCGGGUGGGGGCCGGCGCGCCUGUCUACAUGGCGGCGGUCCUCGAGUACCUGACCGCGGAAAUCCUGGAGCUGGCGGGCAACGCGGCGCGAGACAACAAGAAGACGCGCAUCAUCCCCCGCCACUUGCAGCUGGCCAUCCGCAACGACGAGGAGCUGAACAAGCUGUUGGGCAAAGUCACCAUCGCCCAGGGCGGCGUCUUGCCCAACAUCCAGGCCGUGUUGCUCCCCAAGAAGACGGAGAGCCACCACAAGGCAAAGGGCAAGUGAGGCCGGCAUCCGGAAGCCCACCCAGCCCCGUCCGGAAGGGGCACCUGUGAAAUCAAAGGCUCUUUUCAGAGCCACCCACUCUUUCAAAUAAAAAAAAAAGAGUUGCUACA